AUGGAAGAACUUUCUUAUGACAGGGUGGCUUUACAAGCAGACAGCAAUCAUAUGUGUUCCUUGCUUAAUGAGGAACAACAGCACAUUUUCCUCGAGGUUAUGAGAAGUAUCAAUGAAGAAAAACAUUUUCUAUACUUCGUGUCAGGUUUUGGUGGAACUGGAAAAACCUUCCUUUGGAAUUGCAUCCUUUCUAAAUUAAGAUCACAAGUUUCAAGAGUCACAUCACAAGAAGACCUGAAGAUAUUAAUCGAAAAUGAAGAUGGAACAUCUGGGACUGCUACAAAGAAUAUUGUCUAUAGGAUGACCUGCAUUCCAUUAAAGGAUAUCAACCAAGGAUCAUACAAAACAAAAAUCUGUGCAAGACUAACAAGGCUUUCUGAAUUUAUCCUUGAUGACAAACCAGAACAAAUACAACGAUUGGACUUUGUGCUACUAGAUGUCGAGGGACAUGCAAUCGAAGCUCAAGUACCCCAGCAACACAUCAGUCGUUUCUUACCACGUCUUAAAGAAGGAACUGUGUACUUUGUUGAAUUCUUCCAGGUCGUUCCAUGUAGGACCAAUUACCGAGCAGUCAGCCAUACAUACAUGAUUAAAUUCACAUGCCAUACUAGAGUAACUGAAUUCAAUGCUGCGCCUCCAACAUUUCCCAAAUAUGCAUAUACUCUAGCAUCAUUUGAUACUCUGAGGACCAGAAUCGACUAUACAGCUGACAUGUCAGACACAAUAGGUCGAAUUGUCUCUGUUGAACCAGCUACAACUGCUUAUGUAAAAGGUCUGAAGAAAGCAAUACGUCACCUUUACAUAUCCGAUGGCCGCGAAUCCAUUGAAGUGGUCCUUUGGAGCCGUCAAGCAACUGAAUUCCCAGCUGAAAAAAUCAUUGAACUGAGUAAAGAAAAACCUAUAAUUUUACUGCUCCUUGGUAUCAUUGCCAAAUCACGUGAAGGUCAGCUAAAAAUACAAGGAAGCAUGUCAUGCCAAUACCAUAUCAAUCCUGCAAUCCCAGAAGCAGCAGCUCUCAUAAACAAAUUUACAGGUUUUCCUCAUCAAGUAACAUGGACUGGUGCAGCCACUUCUUCUUCUUCAGAUAUUAUGACUACAUCGGUGACAGAAUUAGCAAAAUUGACCAAUCCACAUGAACUCUAUGGUAACAUAUAUCAAGUUAACGUCGUACUCAGAACAAUAUCACCCAAUCAACCAUGGUGGUACUUAGGCUGCAUAUUAUGCAGAAAAAGAGUAUUCCCAGAAGGUGAAACGUACAGAUGUCCCAAAUGCUCUGGAAAUAAAGCUGAACCUAUGUACCGAAUUGUUUUCAUUGCAGCUGAUCCAGACAACUUCUUGGAAGAUAAUGCACCUACCAUUGAAAUAACAUUCUUUGGAAACAUGGGUCAAGAGCUUACAGGCAUCCCGGUGCUCCAAUUAGCAGCAAUAUCUGAAGGAAAUAAUGUUUCUAUCCCCUCAGAAAUAACACGUCUCUAUAGCCACAAAUACACCCUUGCAAUCAGUGUUCCAUUCUCAUCAAUGCAAAGAGAAAAUGUAUCAUAUCAGGUAAAAAAUAUCAUCACUACAGCAGGCCCUGCUAUCACUACCAAAACUAUAUAUCCUGCUACUUCAGGAACAGGACAACAACAAACUAAACCUACCCAGGACACCACAAGACACUUACCAGUUGCUGAAACCACCAAACUAGACAGUAACAUGGAAGAAGGCAAGGUAGCAACCCCCCUGCCUUCACCUCAACGAUUACAAAUGGAAACAUCGUCUCCAACAAUGAAACAGACAACUUCUUCAGAUGAUGACCUUGCAUUUUCUACAGAAGCUGGCACAUCCGGUACAAAAACAAAACGAAAUGUGAGAAGAAAACUUGGAGACUGAACCUCAAUCCAACUUCAGCGGACUUCACCUACUAUCAAUCUACUGCCUCUUUUGCUCUCAGCAAUCAGUUGCCACUAGCUACCCUAAAUGUUUGUAUUAUGUAACAGUUAUGUUUGUGACUUGGACUUUAUAUAUAUCAGUCAUGUACAAAACAACUUGAACGGCGCAGCGUAGCGCGCCUACCUUUCUAGU